UCGUGACGAAUCUCACUAAUCUCUGGUAAUUCCGGUUGUACAUGGACGCAACCCCGAGGCCCUUUACCCCACCGCUGGGGACGUGGCCAGGUUAGGUCACGUGGUUUGAGGUGAGGUCUGUUAUUGACUUCAUAACAUUUUUCUCCUGCGUAGUUUGCGGAAUCACGCUGACAAGAUGUCGUUCGAUCUCUCUUCAGCUCUGGGCCAGGAGGAAGUAGUGACAAAGACCGAUGCAAACAAGGAUGAGAUUAGCUGGCCUUGGAGUAAGAAGAAGGGCGACGGCAAGGACGACAAAGGCAAAUCGGGCAGCAAAGACAAAUCGGGCAGCAAGGACAAACAUGGCGAUCACAAACAUGGCGAUCACAAACAUGGCGAUCACAAACAUGGCGAUCACAAACAUGGCGAUCACAAGUCAGAUGAUGGGAAGAAGAAGAAAAAGACCCAUAAGGAUGGACACAAAUCCAACACAUCCUCAUCCUCUUCCUCCUCCAGCAGCAGCAGCAGCAGCAGCGAUGAAAACUGAUGCUUCCUGAAGGACCAAACUGCUAAUCUGCUGCUCCGGCAAUGUGUGUGUGUGUGUGUGUGUGGGUGGGUGGGUGUGUGUGUGUGUGUGUGUGUGUGUGUGUGUGUGUGUGUGUGUGUGUGUGUGUGUGUGUGUGUGUGUGUGUGUGCACGCUUGUGUGUGUGUGUGUGUGUGUGUGUGUGUGUGUGUGUGUGUGUGUGUGUGUGUGUGUGUGUGUGUGUGUGUGUGUGUGUGUGUGCGUGCGCAUGUAGAUGCAGCUAUUACUUGUAACAUCAUUUUGUGGUGUGAACAAAUGUAACCAUCAGGAACAGUCAUUGAUGUGACGACGAGCAACAUACAGUAAGUCAAGUGUGUUUUCACCACAAGAUGGCACUGUUUCCUUCUUUCUGUCUUGCCUUCAUUGCUGAGGAGAUAUUUGCAAUGUUUGCGUUUUGUAAAGAUUUAUGAAAUAAAAUAAUUCAUGGAUUAUAUACAA